AAAUGAGUAUCGACAGGUAGGUAGCUGCGCGUUGUGGACUAACGGAAACUAAACAAAGACCAGUGGUGCUUGCUUGUUUGUAUUUCUCAUCCGUCAUCAUUCCGUUCUGAUUUGGCUGAAGAGAACCGAGAGCCCUAAUCUUUAUUGUUAUUGAUAAGAGUACAAUAUUCUUCUCUAUAAAUUGUAUUGUACGUUGAAUUAGUGGUCAGUUUCAUCUCUACAGCGUAUUAUAUCGAUCAAGAAGAAAAUCUGAUAUCAACAUGAAACUGCUGCUUUGUUUAGCUGCUCUAGCAGUUUGCGCACAUGGUGUGUCAUUUUUUGACCUAGUUCAAGAGCAAUGGGAUUCCUUCAAGGUAACUCACCAAAAGAAUUACGAAAGCCAAACGGAGGAAAAGUACAGGAUGAAGAUAUUCAUGGACAACGCCCACAAAGUUGCCAAACACAACAAAUUGUUCGCCUUAGGUCUGGUCACCUACAAACUAGGAAUUAACAAAUAUGCCGAUCUUCUCCACCACGAAUUCAUCCACGUCAUGAAUGGUUUCAACCGCUCCAAAGCCUUAUUGUUAGGCGACACUGCAGAGCAAGCCAUCAAGUUCAUGAAACCAGCAAAUGUCAAACUACCAGACAAUGUUGACUGGAGACAACAAGGAGCAGUCACCAAAGUCAAGGACCAAGGACACUGCGGAUCUUGCUGGAGUUUCAGCGCGACUGGAGCUUUGGAAGGCCAACACUUCCGUCAGACUGGUAAACUGGUGUCUCUGAGCGAGCAAAACUUGAUCGACUGCUCCGGUAGAUACGGCAACAACGGAUGCAAUGGAGGUCUCAUGGACAACGCUUUCCGUUACAUCAAAGAAAACAAGGGAAUCGACACUGAAGCAGCUUACCCCUACAAAGCUGAAGACGAAAAAUGCCACUAUAACCCCAAGAAAAUUGGAGCUACUGAUAAGGGUUUCGUUGAUAUUGAAUCUGGAAAUGAAGAAGAUCUCAAGUCGGCUAUUGCCACAGUUGGUCCAGUAUCUGUAGCCAUUGAUGCAAGCCACGAAAGCUUCCAAUUGUAUGCUGGUGGUAUUUACUACGAUCCUGAGUGCAGUUCUGAUCAAUUGGACCACGGUGUUCUUGCUGUUGGUUAUGGCACAGAUGAUAACGGACAGGACUACUGGUUGGUAAAGAACUCAUGGGGAGAAUCUUGGGGAGACCAAGGAUACAUUAAAAUGGCUCGUAACAAGGAGAACAAUUGCGGUGUUGCUACCCAAGCAAGUUAUCCUUUGGUUUAAGAAUGUGAUUUUUUUUUAACUUUCGACUAUUUUAAAUUUUUUUAGGAUAAGCCUGCUUCAAUGACUGUGUACAUAUAUUUUUAAUGAUAAAUAAAAACUCUUAGUUGUA